CCUCCUAGACAAGAAUCAUCCAUUAAACAUUUGAGAAGUUCAUCAUUAUUAAAUAAAAAAGCUGAUGAACUACCCGAAAUUACCAUAUCAUCAUUUAAUUCAAAUCCUCUUGUUGAACAUUCCCCUAGACGUCUAAAAAAAACUAUUCAUCGUAAAAGAUCAUCAACUCAUCAAACUCCAAAAACGGAUUUCACAAUAUCAUCACAUACCGAUGAUCUACUAUUAACAACAAAAUCAUCGUUUAAUGAUUCUUUACCAUCGACGUAUAAAAAAGAAUUAACAGUUGUAACUGUUAAUGAUAUUGAUGGUCAUUCAAGUUCAUUAGAUAGUGGUUAUGAUCGUUCGGAUUCACAAAGUAUUGUAUCCGGAUUAUCAACAGUUCAAAAUUCAUCGUCUCUUCGAUCGUCAGCACGUUUAACAAAUUCCAGUUCACUUGUACGCCAUAAAAAAAAAGUAUCAUUUGGAGAUGAAGCAAUUGCCUAUGCAUAG